GACGCCUUCCCCUUCUCCAUCUCCUUCAGCAAUCCACAUUACUCUAUUCCCCCAAACCAACUGAUACACCUACUGCUACACCAUUCUGUCUAUAAGUUUUGUAUAUCAUUAAUAAUGUUCCAUAUCAGCGAGACGACAAGGCGGCUAUUUGCGCGUGAGGCACUGCACACGAUUCUCGCAUGGGUGGUGCUGGUGGUAAUAGUGGCCUGGAUGACAAUAUGCCAGCAGUGGUCCGACAUGCGAUGGUGGCGGUGGUACACAGAUGGACACCAUGGCCAUGGUAGAGGAGGACCUCCACCCCCGCAUCCCUCGGUGGACAACCAGCCGCUGCGGGACAUUCUGCUAGACAACCUGCCGUUUGUGCCGCAGGGGUGGGUGUCAGAUGCGCUUGUAAAUACAGCAGGUCUGUUCAGCGUAGUCGGCUGCAUGCUAAUGGCGCGCGGGUGGCAAGCGAAGCUGGUGCUCCUGCGGCGUGUAGCGUGGAUGAUGGGGGUUUUGUAUUUUCUGCGGUCGAUUACCAUCUCGCUGACGACGAUGCCGCCGUCUAUCAAGGGGUGCGUGCCGGUGCUGCCCAAGGAUACAAACGAAUUGCUGGCGCACAUUCCUGGGAGUUUUACGGGUGAGGUGGGUGCGUGCACUGACAAGAUUUUCUCUGGCCACACAACGAUUUUGGUCAUUUCGUUUCUGUUCUGGACGCGGUACGCCCGGCACUGGGCAUUUAUUGCCUAUAGCGCAAUUCACACUAUCGCGGGCAUUCUCAGUGUGCUGGCCGUGCGCUACCACUACUCGAUAGACGUGCUUUUGGCGAUAAUUCUGACGUAUUUCGUCCACCACGCGUACUACGGUGCGCUGGACCGGGCAAUUCUGCUCCGCGAUAUGCUUGCGGGCAGACACUCGUACAGCACGAAUAGCGCGCUGCCAAUCACAGGGCCGGCGAAAAGAGCGUCCGAGUACGUGUAUGACCGGGUGCAGGAGGGUAGUGAGGACGAUAUUGAAGAAUUGUUUGAGCAGUCGCCGGCUGAUGCUCCAACGAUGGCCAUGUCUGACAGCGAGAAACCACAGAUGCGCACCAGCCCGUAUGUUUCCGUGCCAAUGCCGGUUGCUGCCGAUGAGGAGUGCCUGGAGAAGGGCUAUUAUGUGGCAAGCGACAGGAAUGCAAACAGCGUCGAUUCCAUGGUGGUCAAUCGUCCGAUGAGCCGGACUCUGCCCAAGGUUGUCGCAUGGAUGGACGGCCUCCAUUUCCGUUGAAUGAAAUACAGCAGCAGCCAAAAGAACCUCGCCUCUUUUUUGGUUUUGUCCAACACGUGCUAGCCUGUAGGUGAAAGACCCGAUGUGUAUGCCCGUUUGUCUCCUGUUAAUUAAUGCAUUUUUGUUGUCC